AUGGGAAAUGAUUUAAGUAAUCCCAAACAUUUUCCGAUUGGUAGACAAGUAGAUUUCACCUCAAGGAUAUGCGAUGUUCAUUUUGAUGCUGAUUGCUUUGAAAUGGUAUCUACAAAGCCACGAUUAAGCAAUGUUGCUGUUAAGCAGAUACGACGUCUCAAGAAAGGUUCCAUCCCUACUAAAAUGCUCAUUUUGGGAGAAAAAAGAAAAAUAACAAAUAUCCAUGAAAGACACUCGGCGAUAGACAAGCAAAAAGAAGCUAAAAAAAUAGCUGCAAAUGCCUUGCACAAAGUGUUCACGCCUGGACAAAUAAAAAUGUUGCUGUCAUCGAAUGUCACUCGAAUAAAAUGGUCAAGCAAAGAUAUUAUGUCUGCCAUCGCUUUACUUAGGAGCUUAAGCUCAAAGGCUUAUCGAUAUUUAAGAAAUGUUAAAAAGAUGCCGAUGCCAUGUACAUCCACUUUGAACAAUUGGUGUGGAGUCUUUAAUGUUGCACCUGGUAUUCUAAAAGAUGUCUUAAAAAUUAUGGUAGACAAAGGCCGCAAUCUUUCUACAGUUGAAAAACUUACCGUCUUAACUUUUGACGAAUUGAUAAUGGGUGGAGGAUACGAUCAUCCGACACCUGUAGAAUUACGACAGCGCUUGAAGUGGUACAUCCUAGGAAAGCAUUCAAGAUACGCAAUUUCGCCAAUGGAAAAUAUUGAAGAAGACAAUAACUCUACACUUCUGAUUGACAUUGAGGAUACACGUUGUCUAGAUACCGAUCAACCGUGCUCACAUUUUCCGUUAGAUGAAGAUGAAAUAAUGGCAGAAGAAGAAGAAAUGUUAAUGCACGUCUCAGAAGAAAUUUCCGCAAAUAAAGAAAUAGAUGAAAAAACUGGACAAGAUUAUAAUAAUGUAGAAGUAGAAGAAAACAGAGAAGAAGUAGUAAACAACUAUCCCAUGUUGGAAACAUUGGUACUCGUAAGAUUACCAAAAUAUACUGCCAUUGAUAGCAUGUUAAAUUUAGAUAGCUACGAGCCUACUCCAGAAGAAAUAAAAUUACUGGAGGACUUUGAGCAAAUUGAAGCUAGCAAUAUAAUUGAGACUAAUGCGCUUAUAUACAUCGCCGGAUAUGUGGCACAUAGGUUCAGAAAUACAAACAGCGAUUUGGGUGUUCCAACCAAGACCCUUUCCUAUACGCAGUCGCUACCGCAGUUACCAUUUCAGAUACAGAGCAUAUCGAGGCCGGUGAACGCACCGAGAGAGAUGACGCCCGAGAGGGAAGCGCGCUCUCACACGCCAAAGACCCAGGGUGGAGUACCCGAAAAAGGAACUGUCGUAACGAGCCAGGAAAGCAGAAUCAGGUCGGAAUCUGGCCAGUUCCCGGCCGAUUCACAGAAGGUUCGGAUCCGGAAACGGAAAAGGCCGCGAAGGACGUUAACGGCAGCUGCCAGAAGAGAAAGACCGGGGUCACCUCGGAAAAGCGUCACCGAGGGCCGAUGUAUCGAGGAGCGACGCGAGAAUCGCAAGAUCUAG